AUGACAGGAAAUAUCAUGUAUUCAUUUGGGAAUUUAUCUACUGCAUUUUGGAUAUUAGUAAUAAAUGUUGUAUAUAUCAAAUGCCAGUCAGAUCAUUUAUCAUCUUCCAGUCUGAUACAGCUACAUCCAGAAAGUCAAUCAGUUACACUGAAUAGUACAGUCCGUUUACAAUGUCGUGUAAGAAUGUUGACAGAUCCAGACACUGGAACUGGAGUUCAAGUUUACUGGUCUAAAAAUGAUUUCGGUAUUGGGGGGAAUCGUGAAGAUAUUCAAGAAUAUGGAAGGAAUUCACGAUACGAAUACUCUAGAUAUGAUCUACCAUACAAUCUCAAAGAGGGACAGUAUGAUCUGCAAAUAAUGAAUUAUUUAAGUCAAACAGCUGUUUUAACAGUUCAAGUUCCCUCCGAAGCCCCACAACUCAUUCAAAUAACAAAUGAAGGAAAAGGUCAAAGGGUAGAAAUUGGACCAUCACGACCCGCAGUUGUCGACGAUGGAAGUAUAAUGGUUCUUGAAUGUAUCGCUCGUCAUGGUAAACCAGGAGCAUUACUCACUUGGUUCAUUGAUGGUGUUCAAGUGGAACUGGAAUCAAAUCCUGACAGCCUACCUGGGUCUUUCAUUUCUGGUUUUUCUGGUAAUUUAACAUUUCAUCUGGAAGCUUCAGCCAAGAUUCCAAGACUAGUGGAUGCAACAAGUAGAAUGACUGCACACUUGAAUAAAUUACAUCAUGGUAAACUUGUUGAAUGUAGAGCAGAAAACACUGGUUACGAAAUGCAUACACUACGUCCUGCUCAAACAAAAAUUGAAGUUCAUUAUGCACCUGUUGUAAGUAUACAAGUACGGCCUUCACGACCAGACAAUCUAUACAUGGAGCAUGAUAUUAUUACUGUUGAAUGUAAUGCUCAUGGAAGACCAGAUUCUUUUUUCUGGGAAUGGUAUGUAAAUGGACGUCAAGUAGAAAAUAUUGUUGAAUCAUGGUAUCGUCUUCGAUUAACAAGAGAACUACACCAAUCUGUCUUUCGGUGUAUAGCAAUUUCAAAUAAAAAAGGAUCUGCAGAAACAACAAUUAAUGUUAAAUUUGGACCUCAGUUUCAUCAAGCUUCUGCACUAUUAUUCACAGCUUCUCCUGGUGAAGACGUUUACAUGGAAUGUCCAGCAUUCGGUAAUCCAACACCACAUAUCGAGUGGAGACGUGAAGGCGGUAGAGAAGUUCUUUCACGUAGUGUUUCAUUAAAGCGGGAGAAUUUAAGAGAAGAAGACUUUGGAACGUAUAUAUGUACAGCUUUUGUUCCAGAAUUUCCUCCUGUUUCUAAACAAAUGUAUAUAGCCAGACGAAAACCUCCUCGUAUACAACCGAAUCCAGUAGUUCAUGCUCAUUUAGGCCAACCAGCAAGAUUACGUUGCACAGUGAAUUCAGUUCCACUUCCACCUUCUGGUCAAACAAAUUGGUAUUUUAAUGGAAAUCCAAUCCAACCAGAUUCACACCAUAAAUUUGAACAAGAAGAAUUUAUUGGUGGGGUAGUACUUGUACUGCAUAUAGCCCAUGUCAUGAUGAGUGAUUUUGGUCAAUACAAUUGCUCCGUGAGUAAUGAUUAUGGAUCUGACUGGAAAAUUAUACGACUUAAUCAUCAAGAAGAUAUCCCAGUUCAAUUUAUUAUUGGUGCAGCGGUCACCAUUGGUAUCCUGUUGAUAGUGGGAUUAAUUUUACUCUGUAUAUGUCGUCAGAGAGUAUGUGGUUUCCGAUAUAAUAAAGGUAACCGAAGUAAGCAACCAUCAAGGAAUUCUUUACAAGAUUAUGGUGUUGUUAAUUCAGAUUUUACUGCACGGGCUUGUUCACCAAAUAUGCAUUAUCGUCAAGAUCCUUAUCAGUGUUAUUCUACUAAUCCUAGUUUAAAUAAAUCAGUUAAUCGUUAUGCCUUAGAUGCUGUAGAUCAGGGAUCAAUGAGCAUGCAUAAGGAUAGAUCUGAAAACUGCUUUUAUGAAACAUCUAAAGAAGACUUUUGUAACAAUAAUUCUAUUCCUGUCGGUGUAUCUGGUACCUACUGCACAAGUCUACCAUCAUGUCAACUCUUACAGCCUAUGUGUAAUGGAGGCACUUACAUUCCAAGUAUAAAUCAUCGAAUGUUAUCCCCCGAACAUUCAUCUUUUCUAACUGGAUGUCCAACAUUAUUACCAACCUCUGGCUUAAUUCAAACACCACCACCAGAUUUUAUCCCUGAAUCGAUUAAUCUACAAUCUGCAUACAUCCCGCAUAGAUUAUGCUCUGGUGGUUCUCUGAUUAGUGGUCAAAGUUCACUUGAGACUACAUCAUGUACACCUGUAAAUUCACAUUUAUCCUCUCGAAGUACUCAUAAUUCAGUAAUAUCACCUGAUCAACAGUCAAUAACCACGAGUACGACGGCGACAACAAAUCAUUCAGAUCAUAUGAUGCCAAAUAAAAAUGACACAUUACCUAAUUCAUCCCCUAUAUCUUAUGGAAUGAAUACAUCAUCUAUCCAUGGAAUAGCUUAUUUAAUUAAUGAUCAUACAACAAAUGUUUAA